AUGAAUAUCCUGGAAUGGGCGUUUGGCAAGCGCAUGACGCCGGCCGAGCGCUUGCGCAAGAACCAGCGCAUGCUGGACAAGGCCAUCCGAGAACUCGACCAGACGCGUGUCAAGCUGGAGAAGCAGGAGAAGACGCUGAUACAGCAAAUCAAGACGAGCGCCAAGAACGGGCAGAUGGGCGCCUGCAAGAUCCAGGCCAAAGAUCUGGUGCGCACACGACGAUACGUUGAGAAGUUUUAUGGCAUGCGUAGUCAGCUGCAGAAGAUUUCUCUACGGCUGCAGACAUACCGAACGAACGAGCAGAUGAUGCAGGCCAUGAAGGGCGCUACGAUGGCAUUGGGCAGCAUGAACAAGUCCAUGAACCUGCCACAGCUCCAGCGGAUUGCGAUGGAGUUUGAGCGAGAAAACGACAUCAUGGAGCAGAGGCAAGAGAUGAUGGAUGACGCCGUUGAUGAUGCCAUGGACGUUGGAAUCGAAGAAGAAGGCGACGAGGUUGUUGAGCAAGUUUUGGAAGAGAUUGGAAUAGAUCUGAACCAGGCUCUCGGGGAGACUCCGACCGCUUUGGGCAAUUCUGCUGUGUCCGAGGGCAAGAUUGCGCAAGCUGUUGGCGGAGGCGGAGGCGGCGACCCGGUCGAUGACGAUCUCCAAGCCCGACUCGACAGUCUUCGAAAGUGA